GUAAGUGGCCCCGCCCACUCCCGCAGCCUCCACUCUCGGAGUUCACUCGGGUGAGAGAUGGGAGCGCGCACAGCAGGUCCAUCACGGCCCAGCGAACGCCGCCAAUCUGCCGGAGAAUUACAACAAUGCCGCGCGCGCUCGGGGUAACAAAAUGGAGCGAGUGACCGAACUUCCCGCUCCCGUCGGAUCGAGGCCUCGUUUUUCGCACGGCUCCGAUGCUGCGUUCGCUUACCUCCCCUGCCUGUGAUCCGUUCUGGGUUCGUUCUGCCGGUACAAAGGAACAACGGCACCUGAGGUUGGAGCCCGGUGUUAGGGCAAGAGUGCGCGGACCGGUCGGUGCCGCUGAAGACGGACCAACCGACAAACACCCCCAGCAAACAGAGAGAUUUAUGUUUUUGGUUUUUUUUUUUUUUCAUUUUUGGUCAUUUUCUUAUUCAUUUCGAGGUGACACUGGACAUAAACGAAGAUUUGUUUAAAUUCCCCUGAAAGUGACCUGGAAUAAUGUAUGAAAAAGACAGGCUCGUCCCCCCCAGCAUGUCGUCUCAUUCUCCUCCAUCCGGUGGUCCUCAGGAACAGCCGCCGCGUUGUCCACAAAAGGAUGUGUUGCCCACCUCGAGUGUCACCAAUUUGCGCUGGUGAGCAGGUCAUCUAAAGGCCUGUUGCAAACACUUUAACCGCAGGUGAGCUGUCGUCGCCCGUUCGGAACGAUUGUGUCGGAUUGGACAGACAAACCGCAAAAAUGGUGGAGCCGGUGGGGUUCAUCGAGGCGUGGAAGGCUCAGUUCCCGGAAUCGGAGCCCCCCAAGAUGGAGCUGAGGUCCGUGGGGGGUAUCGAACACGAGCUGGAGAGAUGCAAAGCGUCCAUCAGGAGGCUGGAGCAGGAAGUGAACAAGGAGCGCUUUCGCAUGAUCUACCUGCAGACCCUCCUGGCCAAGGAGAGGAAGAGCUACGACAAGCAGCGCUGGGGAUUUAGGAAAACGCCUCUCAACGAGGGGGUGGACCCCGCUGCCUCUCAGGGGGCAGAAUCUCAGCAGCCACACAUGCAGGAGACCGGCGGGGUGGGUUGCGGCGGCGGGUACGGCCCUAACCCUAACCCUAUUGUGGACAGAAACCGCUACCAGCCUCAUGGCGACGGAACAGGAAGAUCCAAACCUAGGCCCCCACCGGCAAGGAAGUCAGCCUCCCACGGAGAUGGGCUGGAGUCGGCCUUUGAGCCCCCCCAGCAGACCGAGUCGACAUCUUGCGAUAAUCUCGACGGCCUCUCGCCCUCCAAGCAGCGAGGGGGCGUCUCCGUUUCGCCCCGAAGGCCGGCGCUUCCGCCCCCGGACAAGGAGCUGCCCUGCGACCCGAAGGACAAGCUCGGGAUGGGUCUCGGUGUGGCCGCCCUGAGGUCCAACUUUGAGAGGAUCAAGCGUGCCAACUCUCACACUGUUGGCGAUAAAGGUCAAGAGAAGCAGCAGCAGCCGCCGCUGCCGCUGCCGCCGCCACCUUUCUACACAAACAUGGAGUUCCACCAUGACAGGGGGCUGGUCCGGGUCAACGACCGCGAAGUCUCGGACAAAAUCAGCUCCCUGGGCAGCCAGGCCAUGCAGAUGGAGCGGAAGAGGUCCCUGCACUCGCUUCCUGGUAACCUGGCAACCGUGGCAGGGGAGCUCCGGGCCAGACCGGUGUACAGGGGUCGGUCCACCGAAAGCACCUGUGGCUAUGAUGCGGAAUACGAAGACGGGGAGCCCAAUCAGAGACAUCAGCGAUCCAACGGCGGUAAGCCCCCACCCCCGCCUUGGCAACCGUCCGAUUUCCAGGCCUACUCCAGUGUCUACGUCGGUGGAGUGAUGAUGGGUGAAGGUGGCGGCGGCGACGGAAGAGGCGGCGUCCAAAUGAGAGAGCACGGCGGCGGCGGCGGCGCCGACGACCACCUCCUGACGUGGCCCCGUCGAUCUUACUCCCCGGGGAGCUUCGAGGACGUCGGCGGGGGCGGUGGCUACACGCCGGACUGCAGCUCCAACGAGAACCUGACGUCCAGCGAGGAGGACUUCUCGUCGGGCCAGUCCAGCCACGUCUCGCCCAGCCCCACCACGGCCUUCCGGCGCCCCUUCCGGGAGAAGAGCCGCUCGCCGUCGCAGAACUCCCAGAACUCCCAGCACUCUUUCGACAGCAGCAGCCCCCCGACGCCGCAGUCGCAGAAGCGCCACCACCGCCAGCAGGGGGGCCACGUGGUCAUGUCGGAGGCGACCAUUGUCAGCGUUCGCAAGACGGGUCAGAUCUGGCCGCCUGCCGUGCAUCACGGGAGAACGUCGCAUGAUAACAGUUUCCAUGGAGACCACCUCGAUGGCCACUACACCGGGACUCCGCCGUCUUACGGCUACGACGCCGACCGCGCAGAAGAGCAGCGGAGGCACCACGACAUCCUGCCCUACAUCGACGACUCGCCUUCUUCCUCGCCUCACCUGAGCUCCAAGAGCCGAAGCAGUCGGGACACCCUGUCCUCGGGAUCGCUGGAGUCCUCCAAGUCGACGGAAUGUGACCUGGAAAAAGGUUUGGAAAUGAGGAAGUGGGUCCUGUCUGGGAUUUUGGCCAGCGAAGAAACAUACCUCAGUCACCUGGAGGCACUGCUACUCCCCAUGAAGCCCCUGAAAGCGGCAGCCACCACGUCGCAGCCGGUGCUCUCCGUGUCCCAGAUCGAAACCAUCUUCUUCAAAGUGCCUGAGCUCUACGAGAUCCACAAGGAGUUUUACGAUGGACUCCUGCCCCGUGUCCAGCAAUGGAGUCACCACCAGAGAGUUGGGGAUCUCUUCCAAAAACUGGCCAGCCAGCUGGGAGUUUACAGGGCGUUUGUGGACAACUACGAGCUGGCGGUGGAGACGGCCGAGAAGUGCUGCCAAGCCAACGCGCAGUUUGCCGAAAUCUCAGAGAACCUGAAGGUGAGAAGCCCCAAGGACUGCAAGGAGCCGACAGCCAAGAACUCUCUGGAGGCUUUGCUUUACAAACCGGUAGACAGAGUGACACGCAGCACGCUGGUGCUUCAUGACUUGCUCAAGCACACUCCCAUAAGCCACCCGGACCACCCGCUUCUACAGGACGCGCUGCGCAUCUCCCAGAAUUUCCUGUCCAGCAUCAACGAGGAGUCCACGCCCCGACGCCAGCUGAUGACUGUCAAGAAGGGAGAGAAUCGCCAGCUUCUGAAGGACAGCUUCAUGGUUGAGCUGGUGGAGGGAGCCAGGAAACUGCGACACGUCUUCCUGUUCACCGACCUGCUGCUCUGCGCCAAACUGAAAAAACAAAUUGCGGGUAAAAACCAACAGUAUGACAGCAAGUGGUACAUCCCGUUGAGCGAGCUCACCUUCCAGGGCCCCGAGGAGGCCGAACCCCUCACCGUCCCGCAGGUCCCGGAUGAGGAGCUGGAUGCCAUGAAGGUGAAGAUCUCGCACCUGCGCAGUGAGAUCCAAAGAGAAAAGAGAGCCAAUAAAGGUUCGAAGGUCAUUGACCGCCUCAGGAAGAAGCUGUCCGAGCAGGAGUCGCUGCUGCUUUUGACAUCCCCGAGCAUGCACCUCAGAGUCUACAACAAGAGUGGCAAGAGCUACAGCUUCCUCAUUUCGUCCGACUAUGAACGUGCUGAGUGGAAGGAGCUCAUCAAAGAGCAGCAGAAGAAAUGUUUCAAAGCCGCUUCCUUAACGUCGAUGGAGCUCCAAAUGUUGACCAACUCGUGCGUCAAGCUCCAAACGGUCCAUCACAUCCCACUGAGUAUUAAUAAAGAAGAGGAUGAAGCCCCGGGUCUCUGCGGGUUCCUGAAUGUAAUCGUCCACUCCGCCUCCGGCCUCAAACAGAGCUUGAAUCUCUAUUGCACAUUGGAGGUGGACUCUUUCGGCUUCUUUUCGAAUAAAGCCAAAACGAGAGUGUAUCGGUACACCACUGAACCCAAAUGGAACGAGGAAUUCGAGAUCGAGCUGGAGGGCUCGCAGACCCUGCGGCUGCUCUGCUACGAGAAGUGCUACAACAAGAGCAAGCAGAACAAAGAGGACAGCGAGAGCAUGGACCGCAUCAUGGGGAAAGGACAGAUCCCGCUGGACCCUCAGACUCUCCAAGGAAAAGACUGGCAAAGAACUGUCAUUCCCAUGAACGGGAUUGAGGUCAAACUGUCCAUGAAGUUCACCAGCCGUGAGUUCAGCCUGAAGAGAAUGCCCUCGCGGAAACCCAUGGGCGUGUUCGGAGUCAAGAUCUCCACCGUGACAAAACGAGAGCGUUCCAAGGUGCCCUACAUAGUCCGGCAGUGCCUGGAGGAGAUCGAGAGGAGGGGAAUGGAGGAGGUGGGCAUCUAUCGCGUGUCUGGGGUGGCCACCGACAUCCAGGCCCUCAAGACGGCCUUCGACACCAAUCACAAAGACGUGUCGGUGAUGAUGAGCGAGAUGGACGUCAACGCAAUCGCCGGGACCUUGAAGCUGUACUUCCGAGAGCUUCCGGAGCCGCUCUUCACCGAUGAGCUCUACCCCAAUUUUGCGGGAGGCAUCACGCUGUCUGAUAGCGUCGCCAAAGAGAGCUGCAUGUUGAACUUACUGCUUUCGCUACCGGAGCCCAACUUGGUCACCUUCCUUUUCCUCUUGGACCACCUGAAGAGGGUGGCGGAGAAGGAAAGCGUCAACAAGAUGUCCCUCCACAACCUGGCCACGGUCUUUGGGCCGACUCUGCUGAGGCCCGCCGAAAAGGACAGUAAGAUCCCGACGAACCCCACCCAGCCCAUCAGCAUGGGGGACAGCUGGUCCCUGGAGGUCAUGGCGCAGGUUCAGGUGCUGCUCUACUUCCUCCAGCUGGAGACCAUUCCCACUCCGGACAGUAAACGACAGAGCAUCCUCUUCUCCACGGAGGUAUAGAGACAACUCUUGCUUACCUCAGACACUCGACGGCGACGGCUUGACGGACUGAAAGACCUCAGCUCAAACCGAGCCUUGCUGUAGUACGUUUUUGAAUUGACUUCAUUCCAUGAGGCUCACUAUACCCCGAGAAGGAUUUCCCCCUCCAACCACAAGAGGACGCCAUUGAGCCUGUUUACCAGAGUCUAUCUGUGUGUCCAUACGUUCUGGGGACCCCAAUUAUCUUCCAUCUACAUUCCUUUUUGUUUUGCUUCUACAGGAGAACUAAAUGGCUCUUCCCGCUCUGAGUCGUGCGCGUUUUUUUUUUGUCUUUUGGGCCUGAAUUGUCGGCGAAAAUGAAGCCAACAAAAUGUGUCUGUCCCAUUUCAAAUGUUUCAUCCCAGCACAUUUUUCCCAAAGGGAUGACAGGAUUUUGGACAGCUCAGCAGGACGGUGGAGUUUUUCCGCUCCCUACCAAGACGACCGUCGUCCUACUCUUGCGGACUUAUUAAAAGUAAGAUGUUUAUUCCUAACGGACUACAAUUUCAUUGCCUGCAAGUUUGUUUCCGACCCCAAAGGAGCAUUCCUUCCUUUUGUGUCUGCAGUUAGCUUAAAUAUCCGGGAAGCAAUAUAUUUUCUAUCUUGGGAAUUUGCCCUUCUUGUUACAUCCUUGGACAUCCUGUCAGACGUUGCUGAUGUGUUUUUUGUUGUACAUAAUCUUAAAAGUUUUUCUUUUAACGGUAUAAUCGAAGGUGUUAAAUGUAAUUUAUUCCAGCGUCCUGGAGAGGAGAGUUUUUUUUUUUAUUAUUAUUUCUUUGUGUACUUUAGGCAGUUUGAUCACAGCGGCGGUUAGCAGUUAGCCUUGACUUGAAACCUCGCGGUGAAUAAGCAGGAUUUAGCCUUGUUGUUCUAGAUGCUCCCGUUCUGUGCAGCCUUUUAUUGCUCGUUCCGCAAGGUUGUCAGCGGCAUGCCGACGAUGCCGCUGUGAAGAGAAAAAGGCACAAGCUCUUCUCAUGGUGCCCGAAAAUACGUCCGCAUGACGUCACCGUCUUUGCAUCAUCUCAGCUCCCGGCGGGAGACGUGCACUCGUAAAAUGUUUCAGCAUCACACUUCGCUCAUGUUUUCUUUGGCUCACGGGGCCACCCCUACUAAUGAUCACUUUUAAGUUGCUGCGGUACAUAAAGUAACUUCUUAAGAAUGAAAACACGGCCCCGAGUGAAUGUAUCCAGAACAAGAACAAAACUCUGCUCCAUUAUCACACUGACAGAUCAUUGUAGCUUGUUGUAGGCGUGUGCAGUGGAACCUUUUAGAUGUCGGGCGGAAACCUCGCAACUCCAAAACGACUUAUCAAAAAUAAUGUGUAAAAUCAACAGACAACAUGAGGACCGCUUAGUGUGGAUUUGUAAAAAAAAAAAAAAAAAAAAAAUUGAAAUUAAUCAUAUUUGGACCUACAAGGUUUCCACUCCACAGCAAGGAUGUUAUGCUUUUUUUCCACAAUUUAAAACAUUCCCCAGUUGUUUUAUCUAUAUAUCUAUGACUUUUUUUUAUCCCCCCCAAAAAAAUCAUAAAUUUGAACUGAUUGUGUUUGACCGUGUCAGUUCCACUGUACAAGCCCUAAUGGCUAACAAUAACGUCAACGCUAGCAGGUUUUCGCUAUUACUAUGACGUCCUUCAAAGGCCUGCUUAACAUCUAAACAAGACAUACAGUAUUGAUGCUUUAAAAUCUAUAUUUAAUAUCAAGAGUAUCAAUAGAUUUGCCCCCCCAUUAAAACACAUUUAUUUGCCCUUGUAUUAGCGCUAAAAUGUCACUGUGAUGAGUCCACGAUUAACAUGCGGGCAUGUUAUUUAUUUUGUCGUCCUUUUACUCAAGAAGUUGAUUCACUGCAGAUUAAUUUACUGUCUCUGCGCAUUAUGACUGACGCUGAAGAAAAAUUCUUUGCUUUUAAGAUUUAUGUCUCCUUGUAAGCAGCUCCACGAGUUUAAACGCAAUAUUCGGAAAUUAGCGUCAGCUACAUGCACAACGACACGUGACCAAACCGUGAAAACUGCCGAACGGACUUGCCGUGUAUGUUGCGAUAACUACUGCAACAAAAUCUUCGUGGCACAAUGGUUUGAAUGGCGCACCAUCCAGAACAAAGAUGUCAAACUCAAGGCCCGGGGGCCAGAUCCGGCCCGCCACACGAUUUCAUGUGGCCCGCGAAGGCAAAUCGUCGGUGUCAAAAUCCAUGAUUCUUGUGAAAAUGUGUCUCAACAUUUCAAAUAUUCAUAUAUCAUCAAUGAUAAUGUUGAGAUAUUGUCAGCGUUUUUGUGUUACCAAACAUAAACAAUGGUUGAAAAACCAAUUACGCUUGAUUUCUGAUUCCAAAACUGGUGCAAAUGUGUUUAAAUAUAAUGAGGCGAUUCAGGUUUUCUAUCAUUUCACCAUAACAGCCCUUUGUGGGAAAUGGUAACUACGAUGUACCCCGCGACAAAAAUGAUUUUGACACCCCUGAUCUAGACGUAGCUGUGAGAUGAAUUUCCACAACAGCAGAGGGAGAUGUUGCUCAAUAUGGCAACUCCCUGGGACAGAUGAAAAUUGAUUCAUCAAUAACCACAAUAUUAAUCAGAAUACUGUGUUUAAACAAAUGGGGGUCACAUAAAAUAUAUUCUUACUAAAAUAAAAGACAUUGCGGUAGUUCCCCCUUUUUUAUUUUGUGUAUCAUUUAUUCAUUUUACAUGCAUUUACAUUUUUAUUUCAUCCUCUCAUCUACAAACAAUGUGGCCCAUCUGUCUAUUUUUAAAAAAUAUCAAACAUGCCUCUUGAGUGUUCCAUAUCUUGCAUAUCAUUUGAAUGACUAGUACAUAAUUGUGUUUUGAGCGAGGGGAACUAUGAAUACACAUCUCACAUUUCUGUGCUUCAAAAGUAGAAAUGCAUGGACGUGAACGACUACAACACAGCCCAUCGGAUAAUUUGUCCGGCGUUCCAAGUGGAGGAAAGCACAAUUUCCGUUAAGUGUCCGCCGUUUUUUUUUUACUUCCAUCGUCGUCACGGCGCGUAGGACGCCACCGUUGUUUACGAGCACAUAUUUUUUGGCCUUGUGUAGCGCGCGCACACCGUUUCCACACCCGCACGGGAGGACCCGCGGCGGCGGCGGCCUCCGUCCCGAUUGCCUACACCGCUCUAACCCUGUCGUGCCUCAACGCAGCUUUUUCGUUUCGCCGGACGCUGACAGCGGAAACUCCUGUUGCCUUUUUUUUUUCGGCGAAAACGGCCGCACGUCUCUUUUUAGACAGGACCUUCGGAAAGAAAAUGAAAAAAAUCAAAAAAAAAGAAAAAAAAAACCCUCGGUCUUAGCUCCUUACGACCACCCUCGUUCUCACUCCGAUGCUGUAAAUUGAACUCUUAAGUGUUAACAGUGCGAAGGAGGAUAGUACAAAUCUUGCCUGUGUACCUUACUUUAGCUCCUUUUAUGCCUUUUACUUGUAUUUAUUUAAGCUAUGUUGGAGUCUUGGCAUAGAAAGUCUACUGGGUCUAUUUAUUUGUAAUAUGUUGAAGGAAUAAAUUGAUGUCAAAUUAAUGGCGGCGGGGUGUACUUGAUUGGAGAAAUGUCGGCGCCUGUUUCAAUGAGUGAAGUUUGUCCCACCCGCCUGCCCCCGUUUUCGUUGGCUCAUCACCGUCACUGCUCGUGAUUGCCGUCGGACGACAGACUGGCCGCUGUGAUCGCGCGACGGCAGGAAAUCGUGGCUUUUUCUGUCGGGGUGAACGGGGGGCGCGCCGUUUGUUUGGUGGACCAGGGGUCGCCGACCCCCUUCUUGGCGUGCGGUUUGAUGCACGCAUCCGAAAUGUAGCGGUGCCUUGAGAUAUGACCUCACGCAAAAAUGGUCAAAUCUCAAAUCAUCUUUCCUUAACAAAAUGAAUGGAAGUACCAUUAAUUCGUUCCACUCCACUCUUUAAAAAAAAAUAGUUUUUUUAAAUUCACAACUAGUACUAUGAUAUUACAUAAAAACAUACAAAAAUGACAAUUUUAUUCAAUGUAAGUAAUUAAAGAGUUUUUGUCACAUAUCUGUAUCUAUGAUUGCGUAUAUUAAUAUCACAUACGCGUCAUUCAAUGGACACUGUGGUGCUCCUUCUGGUGUACGCGCUUUGGCAAACCUGGGGAUGGUUUAAUAUAGACUUAAAAAGACAGAAGAAGAAGAAUUUUACAAUUUAUUCAGUCACAUUCAUCCAUCCAUCUUUGCCACUUAUCCUCACAAGGGUCGCGGGGAGUGCUGGAGCCUAUCCCAGCUCUCGAUGGGCAGGCAGCGGGGUACACCCUGAACUGGUUGCCAGCCAAUCGCGGGGCACAUGGAGACAAACACCCACAUUCACAAUCACACCUAGGGGCAAUUUAGAAUCUCCAAUUAAUGCCACCUCAGUAAGAUUCAGUAAUAUUCAUUUUCACAAUAUCAAAACUAUACCAUGAGCGUUGUUAUCAGAAUCAGUUUUACUGGCUGAUAAAUUCGCUGAUUCUGAUUGGCUGUUAUAUUAUGGGCGGCACGGUGGACUCAGCUGGUAAAAGCCUCGGCCUCACAGUUCUGAGGACCCGGGUUCGUUCCCGGCCCCACCUGUGUGGAGUUUGCAUGUUCUCCCUGUGCCUCCGUGGGUUUUCUCCGGGCACUCCGGUUUCCUCUCACAUCCCAAAAACAUGCGACAUUAAUUGGACACUCUAAAUUGCCCCAGGUGUUAUUGUGAGUGCGACUGUUGUCUGUCUCCAUGUGCCCUGCAAUUGGCUGGCAAUCAGUCCAGGGUGUACCUCGCCUCCUGCCCGUUGACAGCUGGGAUAGGCUCCAGCAAUCCCCGCGACUCUCGUGAGGAUAAGCGGCAAAGAAAAUGGAUGGAUGGAUUAUCAGUCUUUAUGUGCUCCUCCGUUUGUGUUCAAAUAUCUAUUUCUUAAAGGCUUAUAAUAGCACAGCACUUGUGCUAAAUGUUAGCACAUCUAUGGCAUUUUUCAUUGGAUUUUUAAGCAUUAAGCUAAACAUCCUUUCCUAAGGCUAAGCUGUGUGGUUGUUUUGAAAUCACACGGCCGCGGUAUGUCACUCGUAUCUCAAGGCACCGAUGUAUCGACUUGGGGUCAAUCUCGCUUGACUCCACAAGAUUUUGGCUGGUCAUCUGCUACAAUACUGACCUUUGAACUAUAGAUAUAUAUUUUCUUUAUUACUACUGUCAUACCCAAAUUUACACCAACGCUAGCGUGAUUUGAAAAAAAAUAAAAACAGCAAAAUGUGACGAAUCACACGAGUAACCAAUUUCUUUAGAACAGAACCAGCAGCUGCUCACGGGCUCUUCGGGCCCACGUCGGCAGGAAGUACUUUGAAUUUAUUGUGGCAUUGUCGGAUCGAUUCAGGCCAGGCUGGAAAAAAAGAAAACGAAAAAAAUAACAAUUCAAAGAUCAAUGAAGUCAUUAUUUUUGUAAUAGUUUUAGUUGUAGUAAUAAUGAAUACAGUAGCAGUAACACUUAUUACAUUAUAUGAUGAUUUGAAAAAUAGGAUUAUAAUAUUUUGGGUAUUUAUUGGUACUGUCAUUUCAUAAUAAUUUUAUUACUUUUGGGAAUAUAAUUAUUGCAUGAGAAUAAAGUCAUAUUAGGAAGAAAAAAAUGUCAAUGUUUUGUGAAUAAACAUUUUAUUUUUACAGGAAAAAAAUUAGAUUCUUUAAAAGUUGCAGAUUUUUAUUCAGUGUGUAAGUUUUUCCACGUUCGUUUGUCAUAUUUUUGUUGUAAUAAUAUUGUUUACAGAAGAAAAGGAAUGGCAGAAACCUAAUGUUAGAGAAUGAAAGAAUUUUUUUAAACAAAAUGUUUGCAAUAUUACACUAAUAUCCGUAAAUCUCAACAUUUCAACUGUUAUUUUUUUUCAUUUAAAAUGUGUUUUUUUCCUUUUAAUUUUACCAGAAAAAGGUCUUACGACUGAAUGUAAUAUUACAUUGUGAAGAAAGAAAAUGAAAAUAUCAUGGGCAUAUCAAAAAAGUUGAGCUCAUUGGGAGAAAAAAUUUUACUUUUAAUUUUGACAAAAUGAUGCCCAAGCGAAUUUCAGACUUGUAGUACAUUUGUUUUAGUUUGAAAUUGACUUUUCAUAACAUUUUGAUAUUCUACCUCAUAAAAUUAUUUUUAGCGAUAUUCCCACUCUUGAACAAAUACAACUUUUUUCUCUUCAAAAAAAAUUGUAUUUUUCGUCAAAUUAAAAUCACACAACUUUUUAAUGGUAGAACAAGUUUGCGAUUAUCUUUUGCUCUUACAAUUUUUUCUCCUAAUAUCACUUUCUUGUAAUCCAAUUUCUGUCCUCCUAAAAGUAUUUCACAUAUUUUUUUCUUUUCU